UCAUUAGCGUUACAAUAGCUUUGACAAUGACCUUUAGAGCUCGUAUUAUCUGAUUACAAUUUCUUAUUUUUCUAUGGUGCUCAAGUAUUGCUCAAAAAACGAUUUUAUUUGCUGGUUCUGUAAGUUCCCUCGCUCGGAAUAUUUGGAACUCGAUCGGUUCGAAAUGCGGACUAAGCCGGUUCAAGCCGCAUUUUAGGUGGUUGUACUUUAUAGUAUUUCGUCGAGUGUCUAUUUAUCUUAGAGUUAUUGGAAUUCGGCAGUGUAGAUGAGAAACACCUAAGGUUUCUUAACCCAAAAACACGGCAAAAUGAUGGCAACAAGAAACCCAAAGGUCGCCCCGAAGCGAAAACCAUCGAAACCUCAAAGCAAGGCAUCCACUUUAUCGAAGGAACAAGCAUGGACUGACACAGAUGACACUGAAGGAACCAAGGAAUCUGGAGAGUCCUCAGAACAAAUCAUAGAAGCAGCUCUUGAGCCACAGAAAGGCAGCUUAAUAUCAGUCAAGGAAGCAGAUGAAACAAACAGAGGUACCACUGAAGAUGAAAUGAAUGGUUCAGAAAUAAAUGGAGUUCAUGAACCUCCACAGACAACUGACACAGAAGUUCCACAAACGACAGACACUGAAGGAGUGAAUGGCACCGAAACUGACUCCAUGGCAAGUAUGGAAAGUGCUACAAGAAAGAGAGUGAAAAGAAAUGCAGUUGUACCAACAGAUGGAGAAGACAGUGGUAGGCAGACUCCAGAAUCUAGGAAAGAUGCAUGGAGUAUUGCUGAGACGGAUGCUGAUGUCGAAUCUAAUGCUGCAUCAAGUCGACCAAGCUCUGCCCAUCAGAGAGCAAAACAGCGCCCUGCAACUGCAAUUGCAAGACCAACAACAGCUACUGCACCAGUAGAGAGACCAAUGACAGCACCAUCCACCCGAUCACAUUCUCAAGCAAAGCCUGAGGCAAGUGGUAGCUCACAACUGAAAUCAUCAGGGUUCCACUCAAAAUCAAGUGGCGAAGGAGAGAGACUUGAUCACCCUGCAUCAAUGAAUGGGUCACAGGAGAUUGUCCCAUGGGAAGAACCUUCUCCAGUUUCCAUUGAGGGUUUGAGAGAUAGAGAAAGUGCAUCCAGUCGCAGCAGUGGAAUGCUUGCAAUACCGCAGCUGCAGGGAGAACAGAAUGCUUAUAUACCAUACAUCUAUGCUAAAGAAUGUAUUCAAAGGGUAAUGGAUGACAUGAAGAAGAUGAAAAGUGGUCAUGUAAAGGUUGUUGAUAAUAUUCAGGAACAGUACAAAACUCUGGAAGAUGAUAUUCAGGCUAAAUUCAACACCUUUGUUCUUAACUUACGCAAUGAAUAUUCCAACAAAGUCACCACCUUCCGUCAAGUUAUUACAAUUCACCGCGAGGAUUCAUUUCGUACAAAUACUUACUGGCAAGAAACAGUUAAGAGUCUCCAAGGGAAGAAUCAGGCCCUCUUGAAGGAAAAACGACAAUUGUUAGUUAAAAACAGGGAGGAGUUUAACCGCCUUGAGGAAGAGAAGGCAGAAGCAGUGAAAGAAUUGACAAGAAUGCUUGAUGAACGACAUUCUAGAUACACAAUAUUGCUGGCAGAUUUUAAAAGUGAACAAGGAAAAGUGAAAGAGCUGGAAGAGAAGUUGAAAGCUUUAGAGGAACAGGGGCUGAGACAACAAGAGCAGAAUCUAUCCUUGCAUGAAGAAGAAAUCAAAGCACUAAAGGCAAAACAUGAGGAAGAAGUCACUGAGCUGAAACAAAAGCUGGAAGCUGCUGAAAAAGAAAAGCAAGAGAAAGAAGAAGAGCAUCAGAAGUUGUUGAAGGACAAAGAGGAAGAAGAAACAAAGAAAAUAAAUGAGCUGACAGAAAAACACACAAAUGAGGUAGAUACAUUGAAAUCUGAAAUCCAGAAAAUGCAAGAAGAAAUUGAUGCUCUUAAAGCAAGAGGGGCAACAGUCACAACAGGUACUGUAGUAGCAACAACAACUGCAGUGACAUCAGCAUCCACAGAUUCACAACAGACUGAGUUAUCUAAAGAGGAGACCCAAGAGGAGGUAAAAGAACAAGCUGAAGAACAGCCUGUGAGUGUGAUUGCUGCAACUGCAACUACUGUGACAGUCUUAGACAGUGCUGAAAGGGAUCGACUUACUCAGGAGAUUACAAAGCUUCAAGAGGAAAUUGAAAAGAAUAAAGCAGAUACAAUCAAGUAUAAAGAGGAACUUGAGAAGGAAAAAGAAAGGAUUUUGGAGCUGGAAGAGGAAGUAAGCAGUCUGGGCAAGGAAAAGACAAGAUUUGAGAAACAGGCAACAGAUAAUAAACAGGAACUUCGCGAAAGCAGACAGCAAUGCACAGCCCUGCGGGAGCAGUUGCAAGGUUUGCUGGCUGCCACAGCGGUCGCAGGACAAGUGGAUGACAAAGAGACAGAAGAGAAGUUGAAAGCUGCUGAAGAAGAAAGACAGGCUUUGGUAGAUGAACAGAAAAGAAUGAAAGAGGAGUUUGAGAAGUGGAAGGAGCAAUAUCAACAGGAACAUGAGGGCAAGGAACCAACUGAAGAUGACAGGAGUGAAGAAGUUCAAGCUAUGAUGGAGAAACUGAGGCAGGAGGAAGAAAAGCUUAAGAAAGCAGAAAAUACUGUUGCUGUUAUGACGAUGUUAAAGGAAGGGACGGUUCCUGAAACUGUAGCUACAGGAGGGCUUUCUGAUAGUGGUGGAAGAAUAGAAGAACUGGAAGACAAGAUCAGCCAACUUGAGGCAGCAAGGGAUGAACUGGAAGUGUCUGUGGAGAAACUAACGAAGGAAAAAGAAGCUUUGGAAGAGAAAGUCUCAGAACAUGAGGAAAAUAACAAAGAACUUACAGAAAAGAACUCUGAACUGGAGGAGAAAGUCAAAAAUUUGGAGAAGGAAGUGGAAGAUCUAAGGAAUGAACUUGAUGAGAUUGGGGAUGGAGUCCCUGUGGCCACUCCAACUUUAUCAGUGGAAGGACAAGAUGUUGAGGGAAUGUCUGGCAAGAUUUCUGAACUUGAGGAGGAACUGGAAAAAGUAAAUGGGGAAUUAGAGCAAGAAAAAGAAACUUUAUUGGCUCAAACUGAAGAGAUUGAAGCUCUGAAAAAGGAACUGGCAGGUUUGAAGGAAGGCUCAUCUGAUGAAGUGGAAGGAUUAAAAGCACAGCUAGCUUCCACCAAGGAGAUGUUAGAGGCUGAAAUCAAACAAAAAGAGGAAGCAUUGGCAGCAGCAAAAGCAAGAAUAGAAGAACUUGAGAAAAAGCUUUUGGAAAAUGUUCCCAUUGACACAGCAAAGGAAAUUGGUGCAUAUCAAGCAAAAAUGGCUGCCCUUGAGAAGGACAAGGAGAAAUCAGUGAAGGAUUGUGUGCAGCUUAAAGCCUCUGUGACAACCCUGACUGCAAAAGUUGAAACACUGAACAAAAAUAUUGAGCUGCAGAAGCAAACAGAAACAGAGUUACAGGAGGCGAACAAGAAAAUGCGUGCAGAGAGGGUGAAAGAACUGAAGAAUGCUAAGGAGCAGGGUGAUACAAAAUCUAAAAAACAAAUUGAGGAACUGAACAAGAAGAUACAAGCUCUUCAAAAGAGAAUCAAAGAACUUGAAGCUGCUGGAGUGAGACCUCAAGAUUCCAAGAUUGAUACAGGGCUUAGUGGAGGUCCAAAGAGAAGGGAUUCAAAAACAGCUGUAGACUCGGAAAAAUUAAACAAAGAAAAAGAAAAGCUUCAAGCACAAGUUGAAGCAUUAAAGAAGGCUGCGCACGAGGAUCAUAAUAGAAUAAAACAACUUGAAAAGGAUCUUAAAGAGGCUCAGACGAAAUCCAAGCCAGCCGGACCUUCAGCUGAAGAAAGAGCGGCAGCUAAAAAGGCGGAAAAGCAACUUAAAGACUUACAAAAGAACCUGGAAACGGAGAAGAAAAAGUUUGAGAAAGUUAAAGAAACCUUAGCUAAAACCGAAGAAGAAUUCAAAGUUCUCAAAAAGGAACAUGAUGCACUGUUAGCGGACAGUAAGAAAGACAAGGACACUCUUUCUAAACUGGAAGUUGCAGCACAGGAAGGUCUUGCCGCCCAAGAGAAGGUGGAUGACUUAACAAAGGAAGUGAAAGCUCUCAGGGAAGAGAAUAAAAACUUAUCAGAUAACUACAACAGUGAGAGAAUUUUACGUAAGAAAUAUUACAACAUGAUAGAAGACAUGAAAGGAAAAAUCCGCGUGUACUGCAGAGCAAGGCCGCUCAGUAGAUCUGAACUGGAAAGGGGUAACCAUUCAGUGAUCAAGUCACCUGAUGAGUACACUCUUAUCGUGGAAACCAACCGUGGUCCAAAAGAUUUCCAGUAUGACGCAGUAUUUACACCUGAACACGGCCAGGAGAAAGUGUUUGAGGAUACAAAUAAUCUUAUCCAGUCAGCUGUGGAUGGUUACAAUGUGUGCAUCUUUGCUUACGGACAAACAGGCUCUGGCAAAACUUACACUAUGAUCGGUGAUAAGGAGCUCAAAUCACCUGGCAUCGCCCCACGUGCAAUGGAUGCCAUCUACAAGUUGAUGGAUGAACAAAAAUCCAAAUUUUCUUUCAAGGUUACAUGUUACAUGCUGGAGUUAUAUAAUGACAAACUGAUUGAUUUACUUGCACCUCAUGGCAAAGAACCCGCAAAACUCGACAUAAAGAAAGAUAAGAAGGGUCUUGUGUUUGUACAUGGAUCUAUGAUGCUGGAAGCAGCUACUAAGGAUGAGCUUUGGACCAUAUUUGAGAGGGGCUCUGAAAACAGACACGUCUCUUCCACAAAAAUGAAUGCGGAGAGUUCUCGGUCUCACCUUAUCCUCGGAAUCAUUAUCGAGAGUACAAACUUAACUUCUGGUGCUGUCCUCAAAGGAAAAAUAAGCUUGGUUGAUUUGGCCGGAUCUGAACGUGCCGCAAAGACUGGUGCAAGCGCCGAGCAACUCAAGGAAGCCCAAUCGAUUAACAAGAGUUUAAGUGCCUUAGGAGACGUAAUCUCGGCUUUAUCCAGCGAGCAGCAGUUUAUUCCGUACAGAAACAACAAGCUUACCUUACUCAUGCAGGAUUCACUCGGUGGUAACGCAAAAACUCUUAUGUUUGUGAACAUAUCCCCAGCUGAUUACAACACGGAUGAAACUAUCACAUCUCUGACGUAUGCCUCUCGCGUUAAACUUAUUACAAACGAUGCUCAGAAAAACGCCGACAACAAAGAGAUCAACAGAUUGAAGGGAAUAAUCGCAAAGUUGAAGAAAGGAGAAACUGUGGAUGACGCUGAAGUGGAAGAUUAAUUCACUGGCUGCGUCAUUUUAAUCGUAGUUAAGAGGAAUUUCAAGACUAAAGGCUUCCCCGAUGGAUGGCAGCUGUUCUCGACGUUUUACGGAAAAAAAAAA